AUGCAGGCCUGGAUUUAUAGGCCAGAGCAUGCUCAAGAUGCUCAGUUGCCUAAAAGCCACAGUGCGAUUCAGAUAAUGGAGAAUUACCUCUGUCCUCUGAAAAGCAUUAGUGCUACAUUGUUGAGCUCCAGCUCCACUUCCUGGGCCAUUGAAACCAUCCUGGGCUUCCUGUGUGGAGUGGGGCUCUUCUUCCUGUUACUCCCCUACCUCCAGAGCAAUCCACCCUUACCACCACCUGAGAAAAAUAUAAACAUCAAGAAGCCUCAAGUGGAGACAAGGAGGAGGAACAGGAAGAACAAAAGUGAAACUGUGAAAGCUUGCAGAAACUGUCUGAAAAAACUGCACGAGGCUAGGGGCCUGAUUGCACUUCUGCAAACCCUCCUGGGAAAGCUGACUGACAAGGGCCACUUUCGUCAGCGGAAAUUUGGAGAACCCUCUGGUCCAGUGCGCAAAGGAGCGCCUGCUGAAGCCCGUCGUCGGCCGUGCGCAGAGCAGUGUGCAGAGCCUGUGGAAGAUGCCGCUUCCGUGGUGUCCCCCUCUGCUGCCAUAGGUCCUCCGACCCAGCCCCCUCGCCAUCUGGCCUCCACCGCUUCAGCAAAACCUCCAGAAGACCCAUCUGACUUGAAGACCAAGGACUCUUCUAGCUGGAUAACUGAAGACCCUUCUGACUGGACAACUGACGACUCUUGUGACUGGAAGACCGCUCCAGAGAGUUCUUCUUCAGGUAACUCAUAUUAUUUGGCAUCUUCUGUCCCCAAAAUCACAUGCCCUGAUUGCUCAAGUCGACCCAUUUCGGCCCUCUCCUGGUGGUGGGCAGCUGCCAAGGCCUUGUUCUUUCCCACCUGGAAACACUGCGAAUCCCAGCAAGAGCAUACUUCCCACCACCCAUCAAAGGCCUCUUUCUGGGGAAGUUGCACAAACAGGAGCGUAGAAGCUGGGGGCCCCUCUUCCCUUAACCCUGACGUCCAGAAGCUCCUGGAAAUAGAAAUAGCAAAGAGAGUGCAAUUGAAGAUUUGGAAAGAAAAAGAAAAGGAUGGAUUGUUUAAAAAACACAUGAACCCAGACUACCACCUGAAUUCUUUGGGGAUGUUAAAAUCAUUCAGUCAUGAGCAGACCACCACAGUCCCCCAGCCAUUCUGGAGCAAGCCAGAGCAGCUGUCCAGUCCUCAGCAGCUCAUAUAUCCCAAGGUCUUGGGGAACCAUUUACAGCAGAAAUGUAACCAGCUCUUCUGGGGCCUCCCUUCUCUGCACAGUGAAUCCCUGGUGGCUACUGCCUGGGUCUCUGGGAGCUCUUCCCCUCUACAGUCUCCCUCUGUUUUAUUCAAUAGAAUUUCUAAUGCCUGCCCAGUUCAAGUAUCGUCACUGCCCUCCCAGCCCCAGCCCUUGCCCCACCCUGAGGCCCAACCCCAGGCCCCACCUUUGGCUCCAGUUCUCCCCCAGGCCUGUCUCCUAUCCUCUUUCCCAAUCCCACCACCAGCUUCUAUGGCGCAGAUUAGGGCCUAUGGAAUAUCUUGCCCUAGUGCCCAAAAUGAAACACAAUCUCUCAUCUCAACUGAAAUUCAACACCUAGAAUCACCCUUGUUGCAAAAGCAACUGAAAAGUGGGUGGGCUGUACCCUCUGUGGCCAAAGGAUCUCAGGAAGCAUUUAGUCCUCUCAGUCCCAACCUUCCCCAGGAUAGCCGGGCCUCUGAGGCCUACAAGUCAGACUCCAUCCUUCCUGGGGAUGUUCCUAGCAGAACUGAGCUCCGGAAACAACUGGAACAACACAUUCGAAAGAGGCUCACCCAACACAAGCGGAGCCUGCCCAGCAGGAUCCAAGAGUCUCUGGAACUGACACAGCCUCAGGGAAAAUUACGAGGGACAGGUCAGGCAAAGGACCAGCAUGGACCCUCAUGGCAUUCUGUGUUUAUAGGUGAAAGCAGCAAGGAUGUAAAGAAGAUGGGAUCAAGGCACCAAGAAAGCUGCCAUGUGAAGAGCCCAAGAAAUUUCCAGUUAGGGAAGGACCUGUGCAAGGGUCUGGGGCAGGUCCCAAAAUAUGAUAUAUCCCAGGGCUCAGAAAAAUCCCCAGUGAAGGUUCUUCAGACAGGCUCUGAGAAGGAGUUAAAAAGUGAUUCAAUGAGCAACUCAGGGAGUAACACGGGAAAUUACAUACUAAGGAACCCAGAUAAGAAACAGCUAGAAAACACCCUGAAAGCCCAUUUGGGCAGAGAGUUGGGGCAGAUCAUCAAGGGUAAGAUUCCUGUAGGUGUAGGCCGUUCUUGGCUUACUGCCAACCAUACUUUGCCCAAGUCCAACACUCAAAUAGAAACUGGAAAUCUGGUGACCUCAAAGUGUCAGGCAUACUGCACGAAUACCACCCAGGAGUUUUCAUUCCUCCCUCUGGGCACACGGCAGGCCCUGGAGGCACAUAUUAAAAGAUUCCUUGUGAGGCACAAGUGGGACCUACCUGUUCAGGUGGGUGAGCCCAUGAAUCUCACUUUGAGUGAGACUCAAUCAUCACCCCUUUCCCAGUAUGAAUUUCCCUCCUCAGCCACUUAUGAAUCUUGGACGAGCUCAAGAGCUGAGGCUGCCAAGAUCUGGGGAGAAAACCCCAAGGCAGGCUGGGGAGAGAAGGCGACACCGAAAAAGUCAGAGCCCACCCUGGAGAAUCCUCUCCUUGCCCCCUCACCUGUAGGUGAGGAAGUCCAGGGGGCUCUGAGACAAACCCCACCUGACAAUGACCCUAGGCCCUCAGAGCCCACUCAAAGUGGACAGGAGGGCAGGCAAUGUUUUCAGCCUCUCACACCCAGCAUCGUGGGCAGAGCCAGGGAGAGCAGGACUGUGCUAGGGGCCCAGAGAGGCAGCCUAGAGCCGACUCCAAGUCAGUCAGUUACCUGGAAGGAACCACGGAAGGAGGGUAAAAGUUGUGCCCUAGGAGGCCCCAGCUGUAGUGUAGCAAGGCUGGAGAUGAGCUAUCAAUCCCAAUCUUCAAGGGCCAAAGAGACCAGGGAGACAGUAGUGGCCAAGGGGUCCUCUGCACCACAGCUACAAGAGAGAGACAUCUUGAAAACUAGUAUGCUCGCAAAAUCCCAAAAUAUAAAUGUGGAUCUGAGGGGUUUAGGGGCUCCAGGGACUAGCAAAAGCCCCUCACCUCCUAGAAUGUCUGUUCAAGAUCCAGGAAAAACAUACCUUAAAGCACAAGUGCUCAGUGAAGAGCUCAAAAUGGAGUUAGAGACAGCAAACCAGCCUCAAAGCUGUCCUGUUGAUGAGCUCCUUCAGGACUGUGCCACUGAAAUGAUUCUUCAGGGCUGUGCCACUGAUGUGCUCCUUGCCUCAGAUAUCUUGGCUUCUCAGGCCUCUCGCUCCCAUCUAAAGCGUGUGUCCAAUAGAGACAUGCCUUCAAAAAUGCUAAGUGAGCUCAUGGCAGCCGGAGGGAGCAGCCUGGUGCAGCAGGACUCCAAGAUCCCAAAACUUCAGGACCCAUGGAAGAGCCAGAGCAAGAUUUCUGCCCCUACUGAUGAGAGAAAGGAUUUUAGGAGGCGCAAACCAAAAGAGUGUGAAGAAGGGUUGGCAGGAUUGGGGGCCUCCCCAGCCAGUGGGAUGAGCCAGCCUGCCCAGGACAAGAAGUCAGUAGAGUCCCUUGGCAUCAAGUCCCCCCAGCUCCCAACAGAGAAAGGACAUGCUGCUCCAGAAGUCCAUUUCAAAAAGAGGAUGAGUAGCUUUCUUCAAAGCAUUUGCCCUAAUAAAAAAGACAAAGGGCAGGGUGAUCCCCUGCAAAAAGGGAAGCGAACUUCAGCCUCCGCCCAGAGCCACAGACCAGUCAAAAGCAGAUCAGUGUUUAUGGACAGGGGAGCUGCAGAGGCUCAGGCACUUAUGACAGCUGUUGGCCAGAUCUUAGUAGAGAAACUUAGGCUUCAGCAAGGAUUUUAUGCCUCGAAGUUAAAUCAGCAAACAGAGAAAAUCCAGGAAGGUCAGGAUCCAGCUGGUGGACGUCCAUCCUACCGCAAGGCUCCUUGUUACCCAGAGCACAGGAGAGAAAUGAAUGGUACAGUCUGCCAUCACCACGCCACCGCUGAGGGCCAGAGUUCUAUCAGGAACAAAUGGACCCAUGAGGGGGACAGAAAUCCCUACAUAAUGGUGAAAUUUAAGAUCAGUGAUCGGGCAUUGCCUUCUAGGAGGUGCAGUAAGACCAGAAAUGAAGAGAUCCACACAGAUUCCUCACAGAAAGAUCUCUGCAGAGAAACUAUACACAGAGACCUCCAGAGACCUCACAAUGACCCACACAGAGACCUCCAAGAGACCUCACAGACCCCAAUCAGAAAACUCACUCGGAGACCUCUCACCAUAAACUCAGACCUCUUGUAA